AUGGAUGAAGAAGAUGGCGACGAGGAAGACCGGAUGAGUGAUAUGAUGGAUGGGAUUGGAGAUCAUGUAAAACCACAAUCUAAGAUGAUGGAAAACUUGAACGAGGCUGCUAAAACACCGUUGUACCCUGGUUGUACGAAGUUCACAAAGUUGUCUGGUACCUUAGAACUUCAUAAUGUGAAAACAAAGUUCGGUAUCUCUGACGUGGACUUUGAUCAUUUGUUAGCAAAAUUUGAUGAAAUAUUACCAGAGGGGAAUACCCUCCCCUCUUCUACCUACUACGCAGAAAAGCUAAUGUGUCCUUUUGGGUUAGAUUAUGUCAAGAUCCAUGCAUGCCGGAAUGAUUGUAUACUCUAUCGAAAAGAGUAUGAAAAUUUGGAUAAGUGUCCAAAGUGCGGCGAAUCACGCUACAAACGAACAGAUGGUGAUGAUCCAAAAAAGAAAGCCCCCCCGGCAAAGGUGAUAUGGUAUCUACCGAUAAUACCAAGGUUUAGGCGUCUGUUUGCAACUGAGAGUGAUGCUAAGAAUCUUAAGUGGCAUGAUGAAGGAAGAAAGAAAGAUGGGUUACUUAGGCAUCCGGCCGAUUCUCCGCAAUGGAGAAACAUUGAUAGGGCAUAUCCAGAAUUUAAAAAGGAGGUUAGAAAUCUUAGACUUGGUUUAUGUACGGACGGGAUGAACCCGUAUGGUACACUUAGCAGUCAAUGGAGCACAUGGCCGGUCUUAUUAACGAUAUACAAUCUCCCUCCUUGGUUGUGUAUAAAGCGCAAGUACUUGAUGUUGUCACUUUUAAUUUCGGGGCCUAAACAACCCGGAAAUGACAUAGAUGUAUACUUGGCACCUCUCAUAGAUGAUUCGAAGCUAUUGUGGAAUGAAGGUGUUCCAAUGUAUGAUGCCCAUACCAAAACUGACUUCACUUUGCGGGCCAUGAUUUUUUGUACCAUUAAUGACUUUCCGGCUUACGGGAACUUGUCUGGGUACAAGAUUAAAGGAGAGAAGGCAUGCCCUAUUUGUGAGGAGGAGAUGACACCAGAAUGGUUGGACUACUUCAAAAAAAAUGUGUAUCUGGAAUUCAGAAAGUUUCUCCCUCGUCAUCACCCAUAUCGUAAGAAGAAAAGGCAAUUCAAUGGGUGCACGGAGGAAAGACAAGAUCGUACGCCUUUGACUGGAAAACAAAUUUAUGAGAAGAUCAAGAAUAUUGAAACGAGUUAUGGUAAAUGCGGAAAACAGGAAAAAACACCGAAGACUGUUCUUUGGAAAAAAGUCUCAAUAUUUUGGGAUCUUCCAUAUUGGAAAGAUUUGUCAGUCCGACAUUGCCUUGAUGUGAUGCACAUUGAAAAGAAUGUAUGUGAUGCUAUUAUUGGUACAUUGUUGAACAUAACUGGAAAGACAAAGGACGCUAAAAAGGUGCGACUAGACUUGAAAAAAAGGAAUAUUCGACCAGAGUUGUGGCCUGUGGAUAAGGAGGGUAUGAAGAAGUCAUAUUUGCCUCCGGCUUGCUACACAUUGUCCCGUCAAGAAAAGCGAAUUUUAUGUGAAUGUCUAUAUAACAUCAAGGUACCUUCAGGGUACUGUGCGAACAUGAAAAGACUAGUUUCUUUGACCGACUUGAAGUUAAUGGGUAUGAAAUCCCAUGAUUGUCAUGUGAUGAUGCAAGUUUUUUUGCCAGUUGCUCUGCGUGGAAUUUUACCAAAGCAUGUGAGACAUAUCAUUGUUAAGUUGUGUAUGUUUUUCAACACGAUUUCUAGCAAAGUGAUCGACCCGGAAAAACUAGAUGCACUUCAAGCUGAUAUAGUUGAAACGUUAUGUAAAUUAGAGAUGUAUUUUCCACCAUCCUUUUUUGAAAUCAAUCUGCAAGCUUAA